AUGGCAGGUGUCUAUCUCCAAUUCUCUGAUCUCAAAUCAGGCCGUGAGGUCCAACGUGUUCUCGGUAGGCUCCUACGUUUCUGGGAGGCUCGAAAUGUUAAAAAAAACCGAGAGCUCAUGGAAGUCGACUUCCUUCUUCUUGACGAGAAGUCUACAUUGAUGCAAGGUACUAUACCCGCACAACACCUUCCCAAGUACGAAGCACUACUAAAUGAAGGGAUCAUCUAUGUUAUUAGUGGCUUCGAUGUCACAAAGAGCACUCCGAGAUUUCAACUCACUGAUUUUGACAAAUCCAUACGUUUCACUCACACCACUACUAUGGUUCCCGUUGACGAUUCCUUCUACCAGAUUCUGAAACAGUUAUUCCGGUUUCGUUCCCAUGAAGAACUUCUUGCUUUAGCCAACACCAACAAGGACCUCCCAGACGUCCUCGGACAAGUUUGUUCAAGUAAAGCCUACCGGAACGAGUCUUCCCUCAAAAUCGAGCGCAUGUUGGUUCAACUGUACCUUCAAAGCGGUCAGAAGGUCCGUCUUAGUGCAUUUGACGAUCACGCUGCCACACUCAAUAGAAGAAUGGAAAAGCAAGAGGCUGGGACGUGCAUCAUGCUUGCCACCAACAUCAACCCAAAGUUCUUUGGCGGUGAACUGUACCUGAAUGCCACAUCCAGGACUCAAUUUUAUUUUGACCAUGAGAUUGACGCCACCCGUGUCUUUGCUGAGAGCUUGGCACUCAAUGACAAAGACAACAAGAACUCUGAAGUUAAAUACCAGGGUGUCCAAAAGAUUGAGCAAGUAUCCAUUGCAGAGCUCAACCAGUUUGUUACUGCCACCGAGGAUAACGCUGAAUUUCUAUGCACUGCCAAAGUUGUGGAUAUCCAAUCUCUUAAUGGCUGGAAUUACAUCUCCUGCUCAAACUGUGCAAAGAAAAUGGUUAAACAGCAUUCAUCUUUGUCAUGCAUCAACUGCCAAUCUCCUGGUGCUGUAGGAAACGUUAGGUACCGUGUUGAAAUGGUUGUCAACGACGGAGCUACAGAGGCUAUGUUUGUGGCUUUCGACAAAGACGUGGUCAAGUUGACAAACGUUACGGCAACAAACCUCACAGCACAACUGGCUGAUACCAAUCCAGAUUUGGACAACGAAACUGUCAUCCCCGAUCCAAUCUCCAAAAUUGUAGGAAAGACCUACACAUUCCACAUCAAGCUGAGCUCAUUCAAUUUCAGUAGCCACCACAAAUCAUUCACGGUAGCUCGGAUAUUUGACAAACCCCAUGCCGCUCCAAAACCAACAUUUGCGACAGUGGCACAUGGUGAACACAGCACUGAAAUCCCCCCCAAUGCAAAUACGGGAAGCUUCAACGAGACCGAUACAAGUGCUGGAACAUCACAAAGUGAAAGACAAAUUGAAGGUAGCCUUUCCAGCAGUGUGAUUGGAGCAGCUGAGGUCACCUCUGCAACUGGGAAUGAAAAUGUGAUCUCUAAGAAACCCAAACUCAAGUAG